AUGGAGCAUUCAGCAGCCUUCGUCCUCCUGCUCCUAACGGCCCUGAGCGUCACCAUCAAUGCAAUCCCCACCAUCUCAGCAGUUGGCUCCAAGUUCUUCACAAGCGAUGGCAAUCAAUUCUUUAUUAAAGGCAAGACCAGAACGUCGAGGCGGUCCGAAAGAUUUGCUAAUGGCUUGGAUUAUACAGGUGUUGCCUACCAACUGAUCGAAGACGACCCUCUUGUCAACGCUACCCAAUGUCAACUCGAUGCUACUCUCAUGCAGCAACUCGGCGCCAACGCAAUCCGUGUGUACCACGUCGAUCCUUCCGCGGACCAUCAGGGUUGUAUGAACGCAUUCGCUGCUGCUGGAAUCUAUGUGUUUGUGGACAUGGACAGUUUCAAAACAUACAUUCGUUUCGACACGACCGCUUCAUGGACUUCGAACAAGUCGGAAUCCUAUCGGGCGGUUCUGGACAAUUUCCAACAGUACGACAACACUGCGGGCAUGUUUGUGGGCAAUGAAGUGCUCAACACUUUGGCCGAUGCAGACUCUGCUCCUUACCUGCUGUCGGCUGCAGUCGAUCUCAAGACGUACCGAGACGCUCGAAAUUACCGCAAGAUCCCCAUUGGAUACUCGGCCACAGACACAGCUGUCCUUCGGCCCAUGCUGCAGGAUUACCUGGUGUGCCGCCCUAACGUGACGGAGCGCCUGGAUUUCUAUGCUCUGAACAGCUACGAGUGGUGUGGAUCGACCCCGACUUUCCAAACCUCAGGAUAUGCUUCUCUGCAAGCAGACGCCCAGAACUAUCCGGUGCCCAUUUUCUUUUCGGAAGAUGGUUGCAAUACGGUCCCACCACGCACUUUCAACGACCAAGCGGCCAUUUUUGGCCCAGACAUGGUCAACACCUGGUCUGGAGCAAUGAUUUACGAGUGGAUCCAGGAAAUGAACCAGUACGGGUUGGUUUCAUAUGGGCCGCCAGCCGGGGCGGACGUCAACGAGGGAACAAGUGUCAUUCAAGGAUUUACGCGUCAAGGUACACCGACACCGGUGCAACCCGACUUCAGCAAUCUCUCAGAACAGUGGAAGACAUUGAACCCAACUGGGGUAAAGUCGGCAGACUAUGUCGCCAGCGUGACCCCGACGCCGCCAGCUUGCCCCAGUUCCACGGCGGGAGGAUGGACAGUUGAUCCCAGCGCGCCUCUGCCGACCAUGGGUGCGGCAGGCGUUUCCGCAGGUAUGCCUAGUGGUGUUCCGAAAGGCAGCAUCACGAUAACCACCACCUCCUCCACUGCGCAGACCAGUAGUACUUACAGUUCGACAGUCACUUCAUCGGCGAGUUCCAGCGGCGGCAGCAGCAGCAGCACUUCGGGCGCGGCAAGCUCUGCCACCUCUCAAGGGGCUGCUGGCAGAAUGGUUGCUGGGCCGGCGUUCUCCAACGAGGCAGGGGUUAUGGGCAUGGUGGCAUGCUUGAUCGCGGUUGGUGCAGGCGUGAUGAUCUGGCUAUGA